AGAGAUAUUUACAGUUUGUGAUCAUUUUGCAGUCUACAUAAAAUGAUAUCGGUCCAACAAAUACAUCGAGCAUUGCAAAGAAUUACGGGAGGUCGCCACACUCGGCGACCUUGCUUUGACUUUGGAACACCGACUCGCGGCUUCAAGUUCUCGCGCUCGGAUUUACCGAACAACGGUCGAUUGUGUGACGUUACUUAUUCCGUGAAUAAAGGUUUAACGAGAAUUACAUACAGUAAUAGCCGCUUCUUCUUAAAGGAUACUGUGAUCAAUAAAGUCACGAAGGGAAGCAUCGCUAUGGCACUUAACAAGCUUAGCAUCGAUAAAGUAGAUUUGACAGAUAAAAGGGUGCUUGUACGGGUUGACUUUAAUGUACCGCUAAAGGAAGGGAAGAUAACGAACAAUCAGAGAAUUGUUGCUGCAUUAGACACUGUGAAAUAUGCUAUUGAUAAAAAAGCCAAAUCGAUUGUUCUAAUGUCCCACUUGGGUCGACCUGAUGGAAAGAGAGACGAAAAGUAUACAUUGAAACCUGUGGCUGAGGAGUUGAAAACUCUGCUGAAACGAGAGAUUUUAUUUUUAAACGAUUGUGUUGGAUCUGAUGUUGAAGCUGCUUGCGCUAAUCCAGCACCUGGUACUAUUAUUUUGUUAGAAAACUUAAGGUUUCACGUUGAAGAGGAAGGCAAAGGAGUAGGUCCUGAUGGCAGUAAGAUUAAAGCUGAUAAAGAUAAAGUUACGGAAUUUAGAGCAUCUUUGAGAAAGCUAGGAGAUGUAUACAUAAAUGAUGCCUUUGGAACUGCUCAUCGUGCUCAUAGUUCUAUGAUGGGAGAUGGAUUUGAUACAAGAGCAAGUGGUUUUCUAUUGAAAAAAGAACUUGAAUAUUUUGCGAAAGCUUUGGAUAAUCCAGAAAAACCGUUCUUGGCUAUACUCGGAGGAGCUAAAAUUGCUGAUAAGAUUCAAUUAAUUAACAAUUUGCUGGACAAAGUACAUGAGAUGAUCAUUGGAGGUGGUAUGGCUUAUACAUUUUUAAAAGUGUCCAAGAAUAUGAAAAUUGGAAAUUCAUUGUUUGAUGAGGAAGGUUCAAAAAUUGUGAAUGAUUUGUUAGACAAAGCAAAGAAAAAUAAUGUCCAAAUUCACUUACCGGUAGAUUUUGUGACUGCCGAUAAAUUUGCGGAAAACGCAGCAGUAGGAACCGCAGAUAUUGAAAACGGUAUACCUGAUGGAUGGAUGGGUCUUGAUGUUGGCCCAAAAUCAAGAGACUUAUUUGCAGAACCGAUUAAGAGAGCAAAAGUCAUAGUGUGGAAUGGACCAGCAGGCGUAUUCGAGUUUGAGAAUUUCAGUAAAGGCACGAAGAGCUUAAUGGACAAUGUCGUUGAAGCUACAACUCGUGGAACAAUCACUAUUAUUGGAGGUGGAGACACAGCAACAUGCGCAGCUAAAUGGAAAACAGAGGAUAAAGUGAGUCAUGUGAGCACCGGCGGAGGUGCGAGUCUCGAACUCCUGGAGGGUAAAGUAUUGCCUGGAGUUGCCGCUCUUUCUCCAUCAUAAAUCUAUUUCUUCAUAAUGAAUGUUGAUGUAAGAGCCAGUCAUUGUCAAAGAUUGACAUUUUAACGUUAGCCGGUUCGAUAGAAAUUUAAUGAGUAGAAUUGGAAUGUAUGGUGACAAAAUUGUAUUUUGGAUUCAACGCUAGCGAAAUUAGAUUUGAGUGAAGAUGUGCCUUCAUCUUCUCAUUCUCAACAGUGUAAUCACACUGUUCUGUAUUUAGAGUCCCAACUAAAGAUAUUAAAAUUAUACCUUGAAAUGCUUAGAUUUCGUUACAUAUUACAAUUGUAUGAAUGUACAGUUAUAGACACAUUAUCCAAUGUAAACGUUAUCUGUAAAAUGUAAUAUAUUAAGACAAUAUUAAACUGAUAUUAUGUAUUAGUUCCUAAGGAAGUAAUUGUAGGAAACAAACAGUCGCCGUUAUUGAAUGUAAUCGUCCCUGCACGGUAAAAAGUUCACUCAUAGUUUCAACACAAAUUUUAGCUUACUCUGCAUUGUAUUAAAUUGUAAAUAAUGUUCUUUAUUUACUAGUGCGAUUAUAUAUUUUCGUCUACAAUGUGUCAAAAGUAAAUACCAAGACGUUGUGUUUUUUUAGUAUAAAUGGCUUGACAUUUGCGGAUUCAUAAUCAAGAAUUUGUAACAUUAUAGUAAAAAUGUAAAUUUACAACGUA